GUGUAAUCACUCGAUUUCAAAAUGGAGGAUAGUUAUGAGGUAGAUUUCGAAGAUACACGUGAGGACAUUUCAUUGCUUCUACAUGGCAUAGAUCGCUAUAAUCCCGAAAACUUACACCAAUUAGAAUCGUACGUCCAUCAACAGACGUCAGAAAACCAGUAUGAUUUGGAUGCAAAUUUAGCUGUUUUAAAACUCUAUCAGUUUAAUCCUCAACUUCAUCAAACAAAUGUUGUCAUUCAAAUAUUGCUGAAGGCUCUGAUGAAUCUUCCUCGAACAGAUUUCUAUCUCUGCAAAUGUUUAAUUGAUGAGAAUCAUACUCAUGAUAAAUCCAUUGAAAAAGUUCUUUACUUAUCAGACCUAAUGGAGACAUGUCAUUUUAAAGAUUUCUGGCAUGAAGUACGCAAUGAAUGUCAGGACCUGGUUGAAGGGAUCAAAGGAUUUGAAGAAGCUGUUAUGUCAUAUAUUAGUGGAGUUCUGGCCAUUACAUAUCAAAGUAUAGAUGCUCAACUUCUAUCUGAUCUGUUGGGUGGUCUUGAAGGCAAUGAUCUACAAGAAUGGAUCAAGUUACGUAACUGGAGUUUGGAUGAUGGCAAAGUUUUCAUCUGUAAUCAAGAGCACAUCAAAUCAAAAAAUAUUGUUGAAAAGAUUGACUUUCAUACUGUUAAGGGAAUCAUGCAAGUGUCGAGAUGAAAAGUUGUCGGACUAUCUUUUGAUUGACGUUAUCAGACCAGCGUUAUAAGACAUGAAAGAAAUAUAGAAACGUUUGAUGGAGCGUAAAAGUAUGUUUUUGUGAAUAAGCUGAUGUCCUGAUUCUUGUCUUUUGUUUUUAUUUAAACUAAUUUGAUGUUUAAACUUUAA